CCGCCCCGACCCAGGGACCCUCCUCCGACGGAGGACGCCCCGGGGGUGGGGGGUCCACUGCUUCAACUUCGUCGUCCGCAAGUUUCUCUUCCCAGAUCCCCGCUCCCGUGGGACUCCCCGGGGCAGGACUCGUUUCUGCUUUCUCGAAGUCGCGCGGCCGGGAAGAGGGCGUCCCGGACCUCUGGCUCGGCUAGCCCUCCCCAUCCCCGUAUCCCACCCCCACUUCUUCCCCUAGGACCCCAUGGUGCUGGUCUUUUGAGAGCUGGGGGGAUUUCCGGGCAGCUGGAGGCUAGGAAGGAAGCCUCCUUCCCCGCGGGGUCCCGGUCCGCCGCCCUCCCAGCCAGCUCCAGCUGUGCGCGGUUGCGGCUGCCAGAGGGCCGGAUACUCAGUCCCCCAGCCCACGUGGGCUGCGCGCCGGGCUCGGCCUCUGCACGCGGGGGUUUGAGCUUCUCUAGGUCCCGGGGGCAGGAACUGCUCCGCGACUGCGCCCCUCUCCCCAGGUGCCAGACAUUUAAAUGCAGCAACCUCUGCGCGGAGGCCGCAGCUCAGGUCUAUGCCGGGAGCCGGGGACAGGGGAGUGGAUGGGCGGGCGGCGGAGUUCCGGGAAGCAGAGACCUGGGGGUCUGCGAGCCGCCCCCUCCCGCGCCCACAGCACGGGGCUAGGAGGCCCUGCCGCUGGGGAAGGAACUGGAGGAAGCGGGCGGGAGGCUUCCUGGCGAGGGCGAGUGUGAGUUAAACUGCUCAGUCCCGGAGCAGCUGGGGGGUCGCCGCCGGGCUGCUCACAAAAACAGCGAGCAGGAUGCGGAGCUGGAGAAGCAAAGGCAAACACCGCGAUCCCGUGCCCGCUCGCCGGGGCGCCGGAACAGAACACCACGGACUGGGAGGCUCAACCAGAAGUUUACGCUCUCACAGUUCUGGAAGCUGGAAGGCUAAGAUCAAGGGUGAGGGAGAGAGCACCAGGACCUUCGGAUCAGAGGACCUUCGGAUCAUCCUGCUCCGAUGUGGGCACAGGAGAGGAGGAAAAGACGAACCAGGUGCAGAAAAGCAGAACAUGAGAGUGGACCGGGAACGUGACCGUGGAAGCCCAGCAUCACAUAGAGACAAGGCAAGGCAGUGGGGACCGGAAAGGAGCCGCGGCUAUCUCAAUGUAGGAUCUGCACACAGUAGGUGCUCAGUUUGCAACCACAGCAAGGUGGGCCAGUGCCCCCAGCCGGGUGGAAGCGACUCUCCCUCGACCUGCCCGGCCACACCGGCAGCCUGGGAGGGCCCCGGCCCCUCCCGCGGCCCCGCCCCUUCACCUGUGCAGGCCGCACACCUGGAGCCGCCUCCGGAAGAGGGGACGGGAGACCUCGGAGGGAGCCCGGAGGCUUCGGAUGCUGCAGGUGACAUGAGCUCUCCAGAUGGGCCCAGCUUCCCAUCGUCGGGGCUGCUUUCCGGGGGUACCUCUCCCAGCGGCGACGAGGGCUUCUUCCCCUUUGUGCUGGAGCGGCGAGACUCAUUCCUGGGAGGGGGCCCAGGGCCUGAGGAGCCAGAGGACCUGGCCCUGCAGCUGCAGCAGAAGGAGAAAGACCUCCUGUUGGCCGCGGAGCUCGGCAAGAUGCUUCUGGAACGAAAUGAGGAGCUGCGCCGGCAGCUGGAGACGCUGAGCACCCAGCACUCGGAGCGUGAGGAACGGCUCCAGCAAGAGAACCAUGAGCUCCGUCGAGGCCUGGCAGCCCGGGGAGCUGAGUGGGAGGCCAGGGCCGUGGAGCUGGAGGGAGACGUGGAGGCCCUGCGGGCCCAGCUGGGGGAGCAGCGCUCAGAACAGCAGGACAGUGGGCGAGAACGGGCGAGGGCCCUCGGGGAGCUCAGUGAGCAGAACCUCCGCCUCAGCCAGCAGCUGGCCCAGGCCUCCCAGACUGAGCAGGAGCUUCAGAGGGAACUGGACACCCUUCGGGGACAGUGCCAGGCUCAGGCACUGGCCGGGGCAGAGCUGAGGACGCGGCUGGAGAGUCUGCAAGGGGAGAACCAGAUGCUGCAGAGCCGCCGGCAGGACCUGGAGGCCCAGAUCCGAGGCCUGCGUGAGGAGGUGGAGAAGGGCCAGGGCCGCCUGCAGACCACCCACGAGGAGUUGUUGCUGCUGAAGCGGGAGCGGCGGGAGCACAGCCUGGAGCUGGAACGCGCACGCUCCGAGGCCGGGGAGGCGCUGAGCGCGCUGCGGAGGCUGCAGCGGCGAGUCUCGGAGCUGGAGGAGGAGUCACGACUCCAAGACGCCGACGUGUCGAGCGCCUCGCUGCAGUCGGAGCUGGCCCACAGCCUCGAAGAGUACGGCCAGGGCGCUGUCGCACGCGGAGAUGCCCCGACCACCCGGUCCCCAAAGACCCUAGAGGCGUCCGGGCCCCAGCCUUCACCCCCAGAGGAGAGCUUAGAGCCCCCCAAGAAGCGAGCAUCCCUCAGCCCAGCGGAGAUACUAGAGGAGCAGGAGGCGGAAGUGGCCAAGCUGCAAGAUGAGAUCGCGCUGCAGCAGGCAGAGCUGCAGGCCCUGCGGGAAGAGCAGCAGAGACAGAAGGAGCUGCGGGCGCAUGACGACCCUGGGGAGGCCCUGAACAGGGCCCUCUCAGACCGGGACGAGGCCGUGAACAAGGCCCUGGAGCUGUCCCUGGAGCUCAAACGUGUCUCUCUGGAGCGAGACUCCCUGUCCCGGGAGCUGCUGCGCGCCAUCAGCCAGAAGGUGGCGCUCACGCAGGAGCUGGAGGCCUGGCAGGACGACAUGCAGGUGGUGAUCGGGCAACAGCUGCGCUCGCAGCGCCAGAAGGAGCUGAGCGCCGCCGCGUCGUCGUCGACCCCGCGCCGCGCCGCGCCCCGCUUCUCGCUGCGCCUGGGCCCCGGGCCCGCCGGCGGCUUUCUCAGCAACCUCUUCCGAAGGACCUGACGGCGGGGCCCAGGGGGCUGCCCUUGCCCACUUGGGGGCCCACUUUCCUCUUCUGGCCAGUGGAGCGACAGGGCACGGAUUGUCUUCCAAGAGGAGCUGAUGCCCUCCCCGCCCCAGGAGGAUGGGCAGGGGCUCAUCGGGAGUGGAGCCAGCUUUGUGGGGCAGGAACUCCAGGUGGGUGGCAGGGGCAGGUGAACAGAGCGGUCGAUUUUCUGAAUCAAUAUAGGUCUUUCCAGGGCUGGGAUUUACUGGGUAUUUCUAGGGCAGGGAUGGGGCUGGGUAUUUAUGUAUCAAGAUCGGAGAGAGUAAUACAUAAAUCGCGCCACUGAUUUGGCCUCCAUUCGUGGAAAGAGCGAGCAUGGAAAAAAGCCUGAAACUUUAUUGU